AUGGUGGAGUCUGGUCCUGGGACAGUGAAACCAUCAGAGACUCUGGAACUGACCUGUAAAGUGACCGGAGCCUCCCUCACUGACAGCACUAACAUGUAUGGUGUGCAAUGGAUCCGGCAAUCUGAAAGGGAACAGAUGGAGUGGUUGGGAGCAAUAUGGCAUGAUGCAAGCACAGGUUAUGCUAAUUCUGUUAAGGGACGACUGACUCUGUCCAGAGACACAAAUAAAAGGGAAGUGACUUUAAAACUCACUGGAAUGAAACCUGAAGAAUCCGGCACAUAUUAUUGUACAAGAUACGCACAGGGUAUCAUGUACUCUAACAACAUGUACACAAACCGAUUUACUUUUGAAAGAGACAUGGUUAUAGAAGAGCUUAAUUACCAAGGGGGAAUUCAUGUUAUUGCUGGCAUUAGGGCAACUAUUCCAUUUUGCUUCUCUGAAAUUUUGCAGACAUAUAAUGCAAAUUAA